UUUAGCCGACUAAAGCCGGAUCCACUACACGGCUAGGAUCAGAGAAAGAUUGAGAAAGCAACCUAAACCUACUCUACUUUGAUUCAAAAGGCGAACAGCCCCCUAUUCGUCGAUCAAUGAAUGGAUCAAAGAAGGAGGCUCUAUCUAUGUCAUCGUAUAUAAGGGAAGAAGCCCGCCCCUGAUCGAAGAAUGAAGAAGCGCGCCCGGGUAGACUGAAAGAGCUCUUGCUCCGCGUAUACGUCCCGCUCCGUCUUGGGGGUCAUAGAAACAUACGGACCGACCGGAGAUGAGGUAAUGAAAUUCCAUCCCUGGGAAGAACUCCAAGCUGUAACGGAUCAGUCUACCGCUGGCGCCCCUGACCCUGAAAUCCACCAAACUAUUCUUACGCCUCGAUUAGCUGGUUUCUCUAGUGGGCUGGGCGAGCGAGAAGGAGUUUAUCCUCAUCCGUUUGAUUCAUUUCCAACUCGAAGAAAGCCUCGGAGAAAACAAAAAGUCAACUAAGCCCUCACUUAUUUCGUUUCGGGGAUGAAGAAGAGAAUCACCCUCACCCCGCCCGCUACAAGCAACUCGAAUCAACACGAAAACUCUUUGUUUUGGCAUUCAUUCCCCUUGCUUUGUGUCAAUUCCCUGCCAAGCGCCCCUCUUGCACUCAGGGGCGUAGCCGUGACAUUCUCUACCGCCCGCAUGCGAGGACCCAGGAACGUCGUUCUGGUUAGGUGUUCGUUUUUGGGUUCCAUGGUUCACGACAUACUUGGUCUAGUUCGUGGGAGCGGCUUUCGCACCUUCCCCACUCCUUGUCUCUUCCUUCUCCUUGGCUUAACAGCCAAGCAAGAUAUUGUUACACCUUGCCUUGCCUCUAUGGGGGGCUCGCUCAGUGAUUCUCCCGCCCAAGACACUUCGGUCCUGCAAACGUAGGCUUUCAAGCAGCAAACUACGGCGGAGUGAUCUACGACCACCCUCCGCCGUAGUUUGCUGGUGCAGAAUUUCUCAAACCAGGCACGAGGAGCCUGUUUGAGACCAUAGAGAGCCUUCCGAAGCCGGCAAAAGAAGAGUCUGGGGAGCCUGGGGGAAGCUGCAUAAAGACCUCCUGAUGUAAAUCGCCGUGAAGAAAUGCGUUCUUGACGUCUAACUGGGAUGAGAGUUGGGCCACUGUUUGACUGCAGCAACAGCAAUGUUGGUACGAACAGUGGUAGUGGUCAUCUUUGCAACCGAUGCAAAGGUCUCAUCGUAGUCCACUCCGUACUCUUGCGCAUAACCCGUUGCAACAAGACGAGCCAACUAACGUAACGUAACUGACUCCUGAGAAAACCAACCCCCUUUUGCUACAAGCCGUUUGUACCUCUCUAUAAAAAAAGCAUCAGAGUCCCCUUGUUUGUAAACCCAACGAAAUCCUAUAGCCUGCUUGCCCGGUGGUAGAGUAACCAAGUCAAACUUCGUUUGCCUUUUCUAAAGCUUGAAGCUUUUCCUGCCUGCCAACAAGGUUGACUGGCGGCCUCUUGAUAAGACGUAGGCUCAGAAUAUGAAUGUUGUUAAGAGAGGCUAAAAACAUACGAUGAGAAGUAGAAAAGAAGACAUCAUAUGAAACAAGGCGGCUAUAAGGAGAUCGAGAAAUACGAGAUUGGUAUGAAACAAACUUCUCAAUGGGAUACCUGCCUAAACGCCCUUAUGCGAGCUGAACGGCGUACUGUAGAAGGAUCUGUAACAGGCUCUGACGGCUCUGGUGAAGAGGAUGGGGGCAACUCUGAAGACGUGACUGAGGCACAGCUGUCGUAACUGAAGUAUCUUCAACCUGAGGAGCGCAGCAACCACGGUGGAAAUAGUUGCCGAGGUCUCGAAGAUGUCCUGGAAUUAAAGGUGCCUUUGGCGCCAAGAAACGAACAUCUCUAGACAUGUAGUCUAGCCACAGGAUCAAAACACAACUAUCCUUUUUCUUUUUUACCAAUUUUUUAAAUACACGGAACAGAACGAGAAGAUAGUUUGUCUCUUUCUGAAGAGGGAAGAAGAACAUAGCAUUUACAACAAAAAAGUAGAAAGUGAUAGGAGAAAAGCCAAUAAGCUGGGGACACCUAAAUGGGAAGAGGGUUGUUGCCUGUGGAUGAUAUAUACGGCAGUAAGAACUGCAUCAGCCCAGUAGUGUUUAGGAACACUCAUGUCUAGUAACAGAGUACGCAUCGUUUCACAGAUAUGUCUGUGUUUACGUUCUGCUAUACCUUUUUUUGGGGGUAUGAGGACAUGAUCGUUGAUGCAAGAUCCCAUGCUGUCGUAAGAAGACCUGAAAGUUAUAUGAAAUUCUCCCCCGGAAUCUGUGCUAAGAACUUUUAGGGAUGCAUCAAAUUGAUUUGGCGAGAAAAUCCUUGAAGCAAGAGAACACUUCUUCUUUCAAGUAAAUAAAUCCAAGUACAACGAGAGAAAUCAUCAAUAAACGAAACGUCACAUAAUAAGAGUAGCCACAUCUAGAGCCAACAGGCGCAGGACCCCAAACAUCAGAAUGAACAAGCAUAAAUGGAAAAGAACUAGCAUCCAUUUUCUUAUGAUUUUUUGGAAAUGAGACAAAAGAAUGUUAGGCUAAAUGACAAUAAUCAAAUGAGAAACUGUGACCUAUUCUAUUACUUUGAGAAUGCAGACGAAGAGCAUAAGGAUGACCAAAACGUUGUUUGUGCCACAAGCUGAUUGUCUUUAGCUGCUAAUUCUUCUUUUGACGGUAAGAGAGCAAAAGCCUGAUGAGAACGCCGCCCAAAAUCAAAGUAGAAGAGUGGCCCGCUCCUUUGACCUUUGCCAAUCAGAUUCCCAAAACAAGCAAGAGGAUGAAACAACACACAAUUUGAUCCAUAAGUUGACCGAGCCUAAAAAAAAAAAAGAUUUUUGAGAAUCAAAGAUCGAGAAGAAGAAAGAGGUAAGGUAACUGAUCCAAUAUGAGUAAUGCGAAGAGGAGUAUUAUCAGAAGUAUGAAAAAAUGGGUUACCUUUUAAUUCUUCGAUCGAAUCAAGAGCUGCUUUUGAACCAGUAGCUUGAGGCAGCAGUAUCCAGGGUAAAAUGAAGCCCACGGAGCGGUAGAGGCACCUGAAUUGUUGGCAGCAGCAAGCAGGUUUUGAAGAGCAGAUAUCACACUAGCCGGAAUGGAGGGGGCCCGUCAGGGCCGCUGGAGACAUCAGAUGUUGCAGAUGGUUGGGUUGUGGCUGCAUUCGCUCGCUGGCGUUGAAAGCACUGCUCAAUGUUGUGCCCUUUGCGUUUGCAAUGCAAAAGUGACAAACUUUUUCUUUGAGCUCCAAUUAGAUUCCGGUUGUACGAGAUAGAAAAGCUGUAUUCUCAGAGACAGAUGGAGCAAGUUUAGAGGCAGACUGCUGACGCGUUUCCUCUUGCAUGACCAUAGCCAAAGCCUCAUCAACAGAGGGAAGAUCUUAGGUUGGAUGGAGGAGCGAACAUGAUGAAAAUCCGCUCGAAGGCCCAUAAGAAGAAAGCCGUUUCUGCCUGUUCAAGGACGACAGCCGUUUCACCAGAAUGCUGAGGAGUCAUGAGUGCCAUCUCAUCCCAAAUGGCGCGCAGCCCCACGGAGCGGUAAAAAUCAUGCACUGAUAGAUCAUGCUGACGAAUCUCAUGGAAAUCUUGUUCAAGUUGGAACAGCCGGGCUUCUUCUGGCUAUAAAGACGCUGAAAAUGGUCCCUGUUUGGCUUUAGUUCUGGAAUACAAUCCCGAGUAUAAUCUUGGUUCAAUAGAACCAAUAAUCCAAGAGAGAACAAGACAAAAUAAAACUACUUGUUCCAGGUAGCCAGCUUCGUAGCAUAUUCGGGAUCACUUUUGCUUGGGGCAACAAUAGACCCAUCUAUGUAACCCGACCUCCAAUGUUUUUCUGCAUAGCGAAUGCCCAAGAGGCUUCUUCCCAUUGAGUUUGGGAGAUACUACCUGAGUGAGCUGCAGAGGAUUGAUCGGCCAUGGAAAAAACCAGAGAAAUGCAGAACGCCAAAAGAAGAAUAUCCCAACUCGAAGAUGAUAGCAAUCAAGGAAAGGCCACGAUCUCUGUCGAUGCAAUGCCGAUCUCUACCGAUGCCCUAGGGCGAGACCCACGAUCAAAAGAAUCCCACACAGGGAUGAGAUGCACGAAGCCCUAAAAUAAAAGGGAACCUCAGAAAUGGAAAGUCGGGAAGGAGAACGGGAAAACGACACGGUUCCCGAUUUCUGGAAGAUCCGGCGAGUCACCAUCCAACAAGAGAAUCCCGAGGCGGGUCCGAAACAGGGAUGUGGAUCAUCAUAGAAGUCAGGAAGAAGACAAGCGGAUGCGAAAUCACCGGAGGACCAAUGAUCGCUGCGCCACUACGACCUUCACAUAGCCGACUAAUGCGUCGUUCCAACUCCAAGAAGUUGUUUCGAAGUGAACAUUCGUUUCGGAUCCUUUGAUUUGUUAGUUCCAGUUUGUUAUUCUCUCCCCCUCCAUAGUUGCCACCGGGGAAACUUUGUAAUAGCAUUAGAAAACAACCCAUUGAGAGAGAGUCAAUUGAAAGACGAAGCAUGUACAAGCAAUAGCAAUAUAAAGACGAUCAACAUUUCUCUCGUUACCAUGUCAGCCUGACUUCUUUCUACGGCUAGCUUCCCUGACCCACCACCCGACCUUGACCCGGCUUCUGGCCUCACCACUCUUUAAUCAAGGAGAGGCGAGACUUCGCAAACUGGGACUACUUCUAGUUGGUACUACAACGCACAAGCGGUAAGAGAAACCUAAAGGUUUCCUUUAUUGCGACGUACUCUAUAGGCAACUCGUCCCCCUACACUUGACCUUUUCCUUGCUCUGGCACUGUAACUGGCACUGAUUGACCAGCUUCAUCGUCUUCUCAUUCCCAUAGCUUCUCGGAUGACGACUGCUGACUUUGUCUUCAUUUCAUUCUUUGACUGCUAUGAGCUUGAGGCAGAGUCGGCUGAAGGUAGAAGGAGAAGAAGAGAUUUUACAAUGCCCUAAAGAAACCAAUGCCCUUCCGAUCGCACAAAAAAAUCUAAUUGCGGAGGAAUCCCUGUGAAAUUCAUCUGAUGGAGUUUUCUUCUAGCUUUUCUUUCCAUUGAAUAGGAAUCGCCCGGUCAACGGUGAUAGCUGCUCGCCUCCUUGGAUGAAGACAAAGAUUGAUUGCUAGCUCUAGUUAGGCAGUAAGCUAAAAGGUAGGCUCCCCCUCUUGGUAAGAAGGGCCGAUCACGGGCAACUAGCGGGCUCUCUCUUAAGGUGAAAAGCUCUUUUCAAGCAGUGACAGAGAAGUGGGAGACAGAGCUUGAGGAAGAGGUAGGCGGAAAUCAAAAAGGUAGUCUAUCCAUUCUGGCGUUCUAGGCUUAAAGCUCAUUACUAAUGAACCUCCCGUCCUUUCUUUUUGUUUUCAUUUUCUUCUUUCUCUUUCCAGAGGGACGAGUGGGCGAAUCAUGUAGUUCUUAAGCUUUCCUUUGCUCCUUACCGUAGUUGGAAGAAGUAUGAAAUAUCCCUAAAGUUGAGAAAGAGUAGUUGGUGGAAUAGGCCUUUCUCUUCCUCUUCGACAGUAGAAUCAAACUCUUCGUUUGGGAUCUACUAGUUCUUUGACUGGAUCUGCUUUCGGCUCUGCUUCCGUCUGAGCCUGUUCUCUCGCUGGAAACUUUUUCGAUGAAGGGAAACGACCUACAAGGCCAAUUACAAGCGAUUGUUGCAACGUUUUUGUACUCGACUGGUAUCAUACAUCAAAAGAGGGAUAGGCUUCCGGGAAAGAAAGAGUUCUUUCGGGUUUUGAGACCUUUAAACUACUCUUUUCUUUGCCAACCUAUUUCAUACCGUACUCGUCGUACUUCCUCUUCUGCAAUCAGAAUGGUAAGCUUAAGCUAAAAUAGUGUGUAUUUUCAAUCGUAACCAGCCCUUACCGCGAUCAGCCUUUACCGGCUAGACUGAGGAGAGGAGGAAAAGGGAGGAACAGAAGACUGGCACUUUUAGGCUUGUGGUAUAGUCUCCCUUUUUGGGAUUGAGGGGUGUCUAAGGAAGAGAUUCUCUGUUUGUUGAUAAGAGAAGCAAGCCUUGUUGAAAUAGGGCCUAGUAGAGGUGAAAGGUUUCAUACAGCUUCCGAGAGAAAGCUUGAAUGAUAGAUUGCCAACCAUUUACCAGCGUAAGCAGUAGUUCCUCCAGCUUCAGGUCUGCAAGUGCCGCUUCCCACUAUGUAUGGUAGUCCUUUGCUUGGUCGCUUGACUCGGUCUUUUAGCUAGGAAUCCUUUCGUCUAGCCCCCUCGUCCCGAACAGCUGAGUGAAGGAUUUAUCCAUUAGGCCUGCCUGCCGAUCAUGCCUUUACCUUUGAAGCCCUUAGGUAUGCCUUUUCCCCCUUGUACCUUUCCCAACUCCUAUUAUAUAUAGAUGCUUCAAUCUUAAUGAUCUUGUUUCGCCUCCCUUUCGUCGUUAUGACUCCAAUCCGUGUCCGGUCGGUGUAGUGAAAGAGAACAAGGAGCUUCGUCUUUAGUCUAGGAGCAUACCUAGGAAAUCGAGAUUGGGUUGGUGUUCAGUGUACUGCCUCGUUCAUACGGGGUGUUCCAUGAUAUGAAAAUCGACCACCCGUGCGGAAUGAGGGUGAAUAUUCCAUUAUGAUCGACUUCCUGCCGUCACGAAGGACGGCAGCAAAGGCUGGAACAGCAUCGUUCUGUCCUAUCAGAACUUCAGCAACGAGAAGGACGUAGCGAAAGCUACCAAAAAAUGUUGAGAGAUUGGUUUAUGGAUUCGCUUUCUUAGUCAAUUAGUAAAGCCCUUGAAAAUAUCCAAUGAAUUAUGGAAUAUUUAAUUCAUCUUAUAAAUGCGUUGUUUUUGUCUAUAAAGACCUCCAUCUCCCUGGAGGUGUUAUCUAUCUGUUUGCAAGAGGGGCUAACCCCAUUUCCUGACCUAAUUCAAUUCAUCACCAAUCAGGUGAUGGAGGAUAUCAUGGUAGCAAGCUACCCCGGGUCCUCCUAUUUCUAUAGAGGAACGUGUGAACGAUGCCGCCGAUAUCUUGGCGGAUCUUCGCACGAACUCCUCCCAUAGUUCCUUAUACAAGGAAGUACGUAGAAGAAUUCAGUAAUAUUACUGAAUGGGAGGCGGCUAAAGCCACUUCUCUUCUUUCUUUCUCCCAUGCUUUCCGUUGGUCAACAACCAACCACAGCUCUCUAUAGUUCUUCACUACUCGUACAGGAAGGAGUCUCUUUCUGUCUGGAGGGAAUCAUUUUUUCUCAAUCAAGAAUGCCUCAACUGGAUAAAUUCACUUAUUUCACACAAUUCUUCUGGUCAUGCCUUUUCCUUUUUACUUUCUAUAUUCCCAUAUGCAAUGAUGGAGAUGGAGUACUUGGGAUCAGCAGAAUUCUAAAACUACGGAACCAACUGGUUUCACACCGGGGGAACAACAUCCGGAGCAACGACCCCAACAGUUUGGAAGAUAUCUUGAGAAAAGGUUUUAGCACCGGUGUAUCCUAUAUGUACUCAAGUUUAUUCGAAGUAUCGCAAUGGUGUAACGCCGUCGACUUAUUGGAAAAAAGGAGUCAAAUCACUUUGAU